AUGCCUCGCUCAUCUCGCGGUUCAAGCCCUCGUGCGGCGCCUCCUCGGCCCGCCCCUGCUCCUGCCAGAGCUCCCCAACAGCAGCAGCAGCGACCCAUGACUACACAAACCGCCCGACCUCCUGCGCAACAAGCACCCCCUGCUCAAGCUGGCCAGAGUCCUGGACUGUUUGGCCAGAUGGCCUCCACUGCUGCUGGCGUCGCAGUCGGCUCAUCCAUCGGCCACGCCAUCGGCGGCUUUUUCGGCGGCGGUUCCUCACAAGCAGCUUCUGAGCAGCAGCAGCAGUACCAGCAGCCCGCCGAGUCGUACGCUCAGCCCGGCGGCGCCAUGGACUCAGGCCUCUACAACAGCUCCUCUAAUGCCAACGCCGCCUCCGGUCCUUGUGCGAUGAACAUCAAGCAGUAUACCGACUGCAUGAAUCAGAACCAGGGAGACAUGAACAUCUGCGGAUGGUAUCUGGACCAGCUGCGGGCUUGCCAGCAGGCUGCGAAGCAGUACUAA